AUGGGUGCUUUGCUGUCUCUACCGCUCAUGGCGGUGCCAAGCAUAGGCACAAUGGCAGGCUUCGCUGCUAGCUGCUGCGGUGCGGCAACGUGUUCUGCUGUAUGCAGCGCUUGUGGGAAGUGUGGCAACAGUGUCGCUACUCGCAUUGGCUACGCCCUAAUCCUCCUCGUUAACUCCAUUCUUUCCUGGAUCAUGCUUACUCCUUGGGCGAUAAAAAAGUUGGAACAUCUUAUGCUUGACUACGUUAAAAUUGGGUGUCCUACCGGCAACUGCUACGGCUGGAUGGCCGUCCACCGCUUCAACUUCGCUCUCGGCCUCUUCCACCUCAUCUUCGCGGGUCUUCUUUUCGGCGUUUCAUCCUCCAAGAACCCGCGCGCAGCUAUUCAGAAUGGAUACUGGGGACCCAAAAUUAUUGCAUGGUUGGCCCUCAUCGUGCUCUCGUUCUUGAUCCCCGAUGAGUUCUUCCAGUUCUGGGGGUCUUAUAUCGCCCAGGUUGGCGGUAUGCUUUUUCUUAUUCUCGGUCUCAUCCUGUUGGUUGACCUUGCCCACAACUGGGCCGAGUACUGCCUUGAGCAGAUUGAAGAGACAGACUCCAAGGUCUGGCGGACAGUGCUUAUUGGAUCUACCUUGGGCAUGUACUUGGCCUCGCUUGCUAUGACUAUUGUCCAGUACAUUUUCUUUGCCAGAGGAGGUUGCACUAUGAACCAGGCAGCUAUUACCAUCAAUCUUUUACUCUGGAUUGGGAUUUCCUUCAUUUCCGUUCACCCUACUGUCCAGGAAUACAACCCCAAGGCCGGUCUUGCUCAAGGCGCCAUGGUCGCCGUCUACUGCACUUACCUUACCAUGUCAGCUGUGUCCAUGGAGCCUGACGACAAACAGUGCAACCCCCUGAUUCGAGCGCAGGGCACCCGCACAACGUCAAUCGUUAUCGGCGCCAUCGUUACUAUGCUCACAAUUGCCUACACCACAACACGGGCCGCGACACAAAGUCUGGGCCUAGGCUCUUCCGGCGGAAUCCGUCUUCCGGAAGAAGACGAACACGACCUUGUCACCCAGCAACCCAACGCUCACAAACAGAUGCGGGCAGAAGCACUGCGUCGAGCUGUGGAAGAGGGUAGUUUGCCUGCUGAUGCGUUGCUCUCUGACGAUGAAAGCGAUGCCGGUGGCAAUCAAACGCCUGGCGAUGACGAGCGCACCAGAACCCAGUACAACUAUAGCGUCUUUCAUGUCAUCUUCUUCCUGGCCACAACCUGGAUUGCUACGUUGCUUACACAGAGUUGGGAUGACCAUAAUGACGGCAACUUCGCCCCUGUCGGCCGAUCUUACUGGGCCAGCUGGGUCAAGAUUGUGAGUGCUUGGGUUUGCUACGCCAUGUAUGCUUGGACUUUGGUGGCGCCUGUAAUUUUGCCAGACCGCUUCGAUUUUUCCUAA